GCGCCACGUCCGUCAACAGGACGGCUGACUCGUGAGACUCCGUUGUGUGUAGUUGAGUGUGAUAGCGCCCCACGGUCUCGGUGUGAACGAGCAGCUGGCAGCUGUUUGGCGUCUGCAGCGAGAAGUAGCGACAUGAAGCUGCUGGACGAGCGGAUCUGGUCGCUGUUUAAACGCCACUGGCGGCAGACCCUCACCUACUGGAGCGUGUUCUUUAGCUUCGGCCUGUGCAUCGCCUUCCUGGGACCCACCGUGCUGGACCUGAGGUGUCAGACCCAGUCCACGCUGCAGCAGAUCACCUGGGUCUUCUUCUCCCAGCAGUUCUUCCUGUUGGUGGGCAGCAGCCUGGGAGGACUCUUCAAGAAAACACUCCAGUCCUCCCUGUCAGCCCUGUUCUCCUGCGCUCUCAUCAUCUCGCUCGUGUUCGCCAUCAUACCGCUAUGUAACCACGUGAUACUGCUGGCCGUCGCCAUGGCGAUUGCUGGCUUAGCCAUGGGGGUGAUUGACACCAUUGCCAACCUCCAGCUGGUGAAGCUGUUUCAGAAAGACUCCGCCCUCUUCCUGCAGGCCUUGCAUUUCUUCAUAGGCCUCGGAGCACUGGUGAGUCCCCUGGUGGCUUAUCCUUUUCUGGCAAACGACUCCUGUGUCCUGGGUGCCAACUGGACCGCCAACUCGUCCUCUCCUUCGGACCUCCAGCACCUCCGCGAAAGACUGGCCGGGCAUGGAGCAGCCUUACGCAACAUCUCCCAGUAUCCUCUGCACACAGAGGGGGAAGUCAUCACCAGGGUGUCGUAUGCUUUCUGGAUCAUGGCUCUUAUCAAUCUCCCAGUGCCAGUAGCAGUGCUCUCUUUGAUCUACCAUGAGAGACUGCUGCCUUGCUCCAGCACCGGUCCACGUCUGCUCGACAGAGACUCUCCGUCCAGCACAAGCCCCACCGGGGACAGUGGUCAAGGUCAUGGGAGUUUGUUUGGUUGCUGUAACCCUGCCAAACUCCGGGAUCGCCCUGCUACUUUCUUCCUUCUCCACAUUCUGGGUGGAGCCAUCCUCUUCCUCACUGAUGGGAUUAUAGGCUCCUAUGCUGGCUUCGUCUACACCUACGCAGUGUCCCCUCCUCUGCUGAUGGGUCACAAGACCGCUGGCUGCCUGGACAGUGUCUUCUGGGCCUCCAUCACAGUAGGAAGACUGGCUUUCAUCUACCUGUCCUACAGAUUCCAAGCACCCAGGCUGCUCACCUUCAGUUUGGUGGGGGUCAUCCUGGUGCAGUGCCUGGUGUUGAUCUUCUACACCAGCUGUGUGUUUCUCUUCAUUGGUACUUGCCUGUUGGGACUGUGCAUCAGCAGUGUGUUCCCGUCAGUGCUGGCCUUUACAGAGGACGUCUUAGACUACAAAGGUUGUGCCACCACGGUCCUGGUGACCAGUGCCAGCACAGGUGAGAUGAUCCUGCAGCUGCUCGUCGGAUCGGUGAUCCAGAGUCAGGGCAGUUACAGUUUCCUGGUGUGUUGUACGAUAGCGUCAUGCAUCGGCUUCUGCCUGUUCCUGCUGCUCCUCUGGGUGCAGCACAGCCACAGAAACUGCAGCACAGGUAAACGCACAUAA